AUGCGGUUCACCAUCUUUAUCCCCCGACACAACACCGCCUUUCCUCCUCGUCCCCACCGUCAACACCUCCGAACCCUAUUCGAUGGAGAUUUCACCCUAGUCCGAGACCGUGGCCUUGACCACGCCGUGGAAAGAGAGAAGAAUCUCAAACCGUUGCUUAAUCUCAGAAACCUAAUCAAACACGAACCUUCAAAGUCUCUUCCAGUUUCGUUAAUCAGAGAAUCCAUCCAACUUCCUUUCCGUCCCAUAGAUUUCGUCCGAAAGUACCCUUCCGUGUUUGAAGAGUUCAACCUUGCUGGUGGAUUUGAACCUCACAUUAGACUCACUCCUGAAGCCGUCGAACUCGACUUCGAGGAAGGGUUUAUGUAUAAUAGUGAAUUGUUUAAGCAGCAAGUUGCUGAUAGACUUUUAAAGCUUUUGAUGAUAUCAAAGAUUCAUAAGAUUCCGUUGAAAGUUAUUGAAGGUUUGAGAUGGGACCUUGGGCUUCCUCAGGAUUACGCGAAGUCAAUGAUUCCGGAAUUUCCGGAUUAUUUUCGGGUAAUUGGUACGGGCGGAAAUGCCGUUUUGGAGCUGGUUUGUUGGAGCAAGGAACUUGCGGUUUCAGUGUUGGAGAAAAAAUUGGGUAGCAAAGGGAAAGAAUUGGCUUUUCCAUUGCAGUUUUCGACGGGUUUUAAGAUGGAUAACAAGUACGAGAAAUGGUUAAGAGAAUGGAACAGGUUGCCUUAUGUGUCCCCAUAUGAAAAUGCUGGUCAUUUUCCGGCUUCCAGUGAUGAAUCUGAUAGGUGGGUUGCGGCUUCCAGUGAUGAAUCUGAUAGGUGGGUUGUUGGUGUUUUGCAUGAGAUACUUCACCUAUUGGUUUCUAAGAAAACUGAUAAAGAUAAUGUAUUGGUGCUCGGUGAGUGGUUGGGUUUAGCAUCGAGGUUUAAGAGAGCUAUUUUGCAGCAUCCGGGGAUAUUUUAUUUGUCUAGUAAGAAUAGAACCCACACUGUUGUUCUUAGGGAGGGUUACAAGAGGGGUUUGCUCAUUGAAGAUAAUCCGGCGAUGGAGUUUAGGAGAAAGUAUAUUCACCUCAUGAACACUGUUAAGGAAGAUAGCAAAAAACAAAAGGUUGUGAAAGGAAAAAGCAGCACAAAAGAGGGUAUUGUUAAAGGCUGUGAAGGAAAGGAAGGUGAGGAAAAGUGUGACAAUGACGAGAAUCGUGAGGAGGAGCAAGAAGAAGGGAGUUCUGAGUUGUCUGAAUCUGAAGAUGAGGAUGCCAGUGAAACUGUCGUUGAUGAUGACGAAGAGCUGUCUGCGAGGGCUAAUCGUAGAUCUUCUGCCAAUAGAAGGGGAAGAAACCUUGUGGAAAUGAAGUUAGGUGAUAAGAAACCUUCGAGAGAUUCUCAUAGAGAACGACCAGGUGAGAGGAUUACACGUAAAAUGUGGGAGAAAAAUCCAUCAGAAGGUUCUAAAAGAAUACAAACGCGUGGUGAAUAUAAAGAUGUUAGGAGUUCACCACGACGAUCAAGACUGUCUAAAAGACGAGAAAGGUCAUUUACUAAGAAUACUGUUGUUUAG